AUGGCGGCGUCCUCUGCCGGCGGCCAGGGCUCGGUGCGGGUCCGGCUGCAUUUUGACUAUCCGCCCCCGGGAAGCCCGACUUGCGGGGUGUGCUGGUUGCUUUUGGAGCCGAGUCAAGUGCGCCUUGUUACCGACUUGAGCAGCCUCAUCCGGGAUAAGUUUGGCUUCAGCCGCCGCGCCAAACUCGGCCUUUUCCUCGACGGGGCUCUCCUGCCGCCCACUGAAAGCGCGCGGCUCGUGCGGGAUAACGACUCUCUCAGAGUUAAAUUGGAAGAGAUUAUUGGAGGAAAUAGCUAUGAUGAAACUACCAAUGGUUUCACAAUCCCUUCGAAAAAAGAGAGAAAGCGACAGAGACCAAAGCUGGAGGCAGAGAAGUCUAAUAGUGAAGAUGAAGAGCACAGAAAAAAGAAGAAGAAGAGGAACGUUGAGAACUUUUCUAGCCAGGAAGACAGUAGUACAAAUAAUCAGGGUCCUAAAAAAUGUAAGAAAAAGAGAAAGAAUGUGAUGGAAAGAGAUACUGUGGCAGACAGUAAAAAUGAUGACAGUACUUUCCAUUCCAGAAAGCUUAAAAAUCGAAACAACCAGGAGAAAAAGCAAGAGGCAGGGAACAAGGACAAGAAGCAAAAAGCAAGGACACUUGAAGCAAAGAACACUUCACAAAAGACACUUCUAGCGAUGAAAAAUACAGUUGCAAAACCUGGCACAAAGAAAGGUGGAACCUCAAGUGAAUCUGUUACUUCAUCUGACAGCAACAACAGUGUUGUACACACCAAACAAAUUCUAUCACAUAAGGUGACAACACAGCACACACAGAAAUCACAGUGCGAGGAUUCUCAUGCGAAACCCAUUUCUGCUUGUAAACUUGCUGCUAAGCCUAAAGAUGGAAAUUCUCCUAAACUAGCAAAAAGUAAAGAGGCUGAAGGUCAGUCCUCUAGUUCAGAUUCUGAUUCCAGUUCAGGGGAAGAGGAAGAGCAGCAGAGCAGUAAUCUGAAAAGUAAAAUACCCAGUAGCAAGCAAGAAACUGUAUCAGGCCUGACUUCAAAGCCCAAACUAGAAACUUCCUCCUCACAGUCUGAUAGUUCCGAAUCUGAGACUUGUACCGCCAAGAGCCCCAAGACAAAUACAGUGUUGGGUCAGCCUGUGAGAGGAAAUAAUGUCAAAAAACUCCCAGCUGCUACUUGUGGACUCAUUGCAAGCCCCAGUGAUGCUGGAAGGGGACGUGGGAGAAUUGAACCGUUGUGGAGAGGACCUAGAGUUCGUGGUUGUCGUGGGAUGGCCAGGGGCAGAGGGAGGGGAGAAAGUCCUUUCUUCUUCAAUUACAAUGGCGAAUACCAGAAACAACAACAGUUGAAUGAAGCAGCAACCAACACUUCAGUUAUUAUCCAGAAUCCAUUGGAGGUUCCAAAGAAGGACUAUAGUACACUACCUCUGUUAGCUGCUCCACCACAAGUAGGAGAGAAAAUUGCCUUUAAGCUUUUAGAACUAACUGAAAAUUACAGUCCUCAAGUAUCCGAUUACAAGGAAGCAAAAAUCAUCAAUUGGAACCCCACGAACAAGCAAAUAGAACUUGAAAUUCUUUCUUGUUCAGCAGUGGCAAAAGAGCCUGGAAAGUUUGAUCUGGUUUACCAGUCUCCAGAUGGAACAGUAACUAUAGAGCGUGCAGUCUCUCAGGAUGAAAAGAUAACUGAACGUUGGGAUGCUCUGAUUGAGCCAAGACUGAUCAUUGAUCCUCCUAACAGUGAAUCGACUGCUGAAAAUGGAAAUCCCUAGGAUGUAAACAUGCUUGUCCUGUGU